AUGAUUCAUAAGAACUGUGGCGAAUUGAUUACUUGGAUCAACGCCAAGUUGCAAGUUCGUGCUCAACUUGGGGAACUUCGAAGUGGUUGGGAUGAACUACGCACAAAGUCCGCGCUGAAAACGCAGCGACUUCGCGAGGCAUAUGAAGCCCACACCCUGCAGCGUAAGGUCGAAGAUAUGGAGAGAUGGCUUGAUAGGAUUGAAAGCGAGCUAGGCUCUGAUGACCACGGCCGCGAUUUGGUUUCUGUUGAACAUCUUAUGAAGAAGUUGGACGCUCUGGAUGCCGAGAUACGAGGACGAGCCGAAGCUGUACAUGAUCUAAUGCAGAAAGCACGCGAGAUCAAGACACUUGGGUCACCAACGUCGGAUGCAAUUCUUGGUGCGCUGCUGAACAAGGAAAACUUGCGUGAUGCCCAUGCAUUGUACGAGUGGACGGCGUGUGCUGAAGAAGAGCUCGAAUGGCUUGCGGAUAGGCUGCCGCUGGCACGAAAGCCAAGAGUGUGGUGA